CCCCGAAAAAAUUCAGUCGCACUUUGGACGGCAAGGAGGAAGGACGUCAUCUCCUCUCACGUAUUUCCUAUAGCUUUUAACACGUACCGAAGAGAGGAAGCCAGAAAUGUCCGCUGCGGGGAGCACUAUCGACAGCGAGUCCUCGGGAGACCUGAGCUACACGGAGUGGGUGAAGGGCGUGCGGCAGCGCUCCCAAUGGCAGUUCGCAUUGGAGAGCGGCAGGAGGAGGAAGGCGAUGGAGGUAGAAGUGAAGAGAGAGAAAGAGCAGGAGGAGGAAGACGAAGAUAACCUGCCAGCCCUGGAGAAGCUAGUCCUCACGGAGGAGAGACCCUUGCGCGACGAGGGCGGCGAGGAGGCCACUCUCCUCGGCAGGAGCGAGAUGCCGCCGCCGGAGGACCCGGUGGAGCUGCUCUGCGUCAUCGAGCACAGGGAGCCCUCGGCGCUCGAUGACACGCCAGGCAAGGAAAAACUGCAAAAUAAUUGUGUGAUUCACCUUCGCGCACACAUGAAGAACUGUGAACCUGUCGGUUACGGCUGCGUAAAGAUCCGCGCACUCAAGACCAUGCCGCCCAUGCUCGCGCUCAGCUGGUCGGAGGCGGUCGAGGGUCAGAUGGGCAUCUGGGCCAAGGAGGACCUCGGCGCCAACAGCUUCUUCGGGCCGUACGAGGGCAAGAAGCCGCCCUACUCCACCAAGACUCGCAAGUGCUCCUGUUGCAUGAGGGUAGAGAAGACCCACCUCCAGUCCACCCUGCCCGUCGAUCCUUCCUUGCCGAAAUACAACUGGAUGCGGUUCGUUCGCGGUGUCCAGGGCGGUUCCGAAGCCAACCUCAAGCCGCAGAUUCACCAGGGACAGAUUUUCUUCGCAGCCACGCGAACCAUUAAGAAGGGAACGGAACUGCUCGUUAAUCUCAACCCAGGCAGAAAACAAGCCUAUGAGGUGACUAGGAAGUGGUCAUCGUAUUAACUUCGUAGGUGACCGUUGAUGCUGGGAUGACCCAAAGCCUCCCAUUAGGCCUAAGUGACGUAUUAGAUCAUAAGAAUUGUUCAUUUUUAUCGCCAUCUUCAGCUCAGAACGCAACAGCACGGAGUUUGUUUGUAUGUUUUUUGCAUGUAAAAGGCAUCGAUUUUAUAAAUAUCAUUUUCAUUUAUACUCAACAGCUUAUGGAUUUUUAAGUGUUAUGUUUUUUUGUUGUGUUAAUCCACA